AUGGGACUCUUUUCGAAGCUCAAGGAACAACCCCGUCCUUUCUCCCAUAACCGCAACAACACACUUUCCUCGGUUGGUGACUUUCUGCUGACAACUUCCAACUCGUCGUACUCUUCAACCGACUUGCAUACCACCAAACAGCCUAUUGACUCCGUCAAUAAGGUACCUCUCGCUCUCCAACCGGCCUCAGAUAUUCCGGUGGUGACUCAAUUGCUGCCUGACCCUCGGGGUACUCAUAGAACGUCUCCACAACCAUCCCCAUACCGGGGCACUUCGCCUCAAGCUUCGCCUCAAAGUCGAAGAGGACCGGCCUACCAGGCGCAGCCAUAUAACGGUCCUGUCAAUCUGCAUUUCCAGCUGGGAAACCAGCCGGUUCCGGUAUCUGAACUGGUCCAUCAACCGACUCAAGUUCCACAAGUUCCUCUGGCCUCUCAAGUCUCGCAGGUUCUUCAGGUUCCUCAGGUUCCGGCUCCUCAGGUAUCUCAAGCUCACCAUGUACAGAGCCCAGCCUACAUUCCUGCCGUAGUGGAAGCACCGGCAUUGGCAUCUGCCUCUGGCUCGGUAGACUCCAAUGAAGUAUCGGCAACCGGGUCGGAAGAAUCGGACGAUUCCGACGAGGAUGCAACGUCAGAAAUAGCUUCUGAGUCUGGAUCUGGUUCUGAAUAUGAAAGCGAAUCGGAAACCGAUUUGGCUCAGGAAAAUGGUAUUCCCAGAGACCACCCAUACUACGAACAAUGGAAACAAUACUAUGCCCAAUUGGCUCAAAGACAGUCACAAAACUAUCCAGCUAUGGGAUACGCCAACCCAAUGAUGAAACCACAAAUGACGCAAAUGAACCAAAUGACGCAAAUGAACCAAAUGAACCAAAUGAACCAAAUGAAUCAAAUGAACCAAAUGAACCCGCAAAUGUAUCAUCUUAUGAACCAGAUGCAGAUGAAUCCUCAGAUGAAUCAGAUGCAAAUGAACCCGCAGAUGCAAAUGCAAUUCAGCUACUUUAUGCAACAAUUUAUGAUGCAACAACCACAAAUGAUGCAAAUGAUGCAACAGCAACAGUACCCCAUGACGGCUCCAAGACCACCUUAUUCGUCUUCUGGCUCACUGUCUCCUAAGGUUCCACAUUCAAGACUGAUGCUGCUGCUUCAAUCUGCAUCCAAAAAACGCAACUCCAUAGCUUCAAUGAAGCCCGAUACAGACAGCUCGUUGCUACGUAAUUCUCGCAUGUCGAGUAUCAAGUCCAACCGUUACCCUUCUGUCCCACUGAGUGUACAUCAAUCUGCCCUGAUUGCUGGUGAAUCUAGAAACAGAGUGUCUUCCUUAGACCUCAACUUCAAGCCCAAGGAGUUUACCCCAUACAAGGAUGAGAACGAUGCAUUGGCGGAAGAGACAGAGGACUCUGCAGAUCCAGGAAAUGAACAAUUGAAACGUUACAUUUCUGACUACAGCAAAUAUCUUUUCGAUGAAGAUAAGGAAAAUGCUGAUAAGCUGGAUCUUUCACCGCCUAAAGUCGGAGUUGAAAGACAGGAAUCUAAUGCAUCUACUGCUUCUUACAAUUCAAUUCAAAGUGGUGCCUCAUCAAAAUUCAGAGUGGGUUCAAUCUCGGAAAGGUCAAGCAAAAUUGCCAAAGAUCUCAGUAACAUGCACAUUGCUUCGAUGGAGAACGAGAAGAAAACUAAGAAAAAGCACAAUUACGAUAAUAGAAGAAAAAGAGAGCUGAUAAUAGACCAGACGAGAUCAUCUAACCCAAACUUGUCAGAUAUCAUGACUCCUCCUAUGAAGCCAAUUUCGGUCCCUGGGUCAAUUAGUAACUCUCCGGUAAGCCCCAUGCAGCCUAUGCCAGUAGGUCAAUACCCAAUGGCUGAAUAUCCGUACCCAGAUUACGACAGGCGCCAUACCAUGCCUGACUUCAAUAGAAUGUCAAUGAUGAUGCCACCAAUGACACAAAUGCCACCAAUGGGUAGCAUGAGUCCUGGAAAUCGAAUGAGUAUGACUCCGGGUACCACAGGUCGCAGAAGAGAAAUGCUGCCCAAGGUCAAGACCGGAGACGAGAUCAUACACAAAAAGAUUGAAGAGUUCAUCGAGUUACGUCAAUUAAUUGCUUCAGGCAAAAAGUCCUCCGAGUUCAGGGUUAAAUGGCUCAAAAUGUUGAUUCGUGCUACGAAUUAUCGAGUUUAUGCUUACAUUAAUAUCAAGGGCGAUCCUGUUCUGGCAGACCAGGUGAGUUACAACAAAAAACAGUUUAUCAAGUCCAGCAUUACUCAUUUGGAAAAGUUGGUGAAAGAGCUUGAUAAUAAACACAAGAUGGAGGAUUUGGAGUCUGAAGUAUAUUACAUUCAGGGUUGUCUCUUGAUGGGUGAUUAUCACUACACAUACGGCCAAGAUUACAAUAUGACAAAAGACAUUUCCCAGGCCCUCGAAUCUUUUGAGAGAAGCCUUUCUCAAAAUGCUAACAAUUUCAAAACGUUGUACAAAUUGGGAGAGCUUUAUGAACGGGAGUUUCCUGACCGGUUCGACACUGCUGUGAAUUAUUUUAAGAGUUCUGCCAAGCUCGGAUACAAUCGUGCUAUUUACAAGAUGGCUAUGUUGUACCUCGAAGUUCCAGAGCUUCGAUCUGUCAAGUAUUUCAAAUUGUUGCGCCAACUUGCCGACAUUGAUUUGGAAUCGAAGGACAUCAAUUUGACCGCAGAAGAUCGCGACGAGCUCGAAGAAGUUGUUGGCAUGGCUGCGUAUCAGGUUGGUAAACUUUAUGAGGGCAUUUACCCUGGCGACUUGACGGAAGAUGAACCUUUUGUCGUUCAGUCGCUAGAGCGUGCUCCCAUCAGCUAUACCAAGAGUCUCAUGUUCUACAACCGCAGUGCCAAGCUCAACUGUAUUCUUGCCCAAGUAAAGCUCGGAACUGUUUAUGAAAAUGGAGAUUUAGGUCGCCAGGUCAAUCCCCACAAAUCAGUGCAGUGGUACAUGCUGGCGGCUUCAUCGCCUCUUUCGUUCCGUCGUCAUCAAGACGCCAUGUUGGGACUCAGUAGAUGGUGUUUGCACGGCACCGAUGGUCUCAGCAAGCACAUACCAAGUCCAAAUCCAGAUAAAGCAGUAUGGUGGUGCGAGCAGGCUCUUGAUGAGUUCCAACUGGCUGAUGCUUAUUUCUUUAUGGGCCACUUGUGUGACAUUGGUUUAACUGGAAGAGAUCCUCGAGUCUUUUAUAAGCGAGCUCUCGAUUUGGGACAUCCCAUGGCCGCUUCAAUGCUCCAACAAGAGCAAGAAUCAUAG